GAACGAACUCUUCUCGAGCUCAAGAACAUUGCAAGUGGCACGAGAAGCAAGGCAUUUAGAUCACGUUGUAAAGAACCGGUUGACCUCUCACAGACACUCCAAAACAACGAGAUUGUAAAACUUAGGACCUUUGCUCCGACUAUACAGCAGAUAUCUUUUGUAGUUUAUAAGGCACAAUUCUUCAAGAGUUUGAUCAUACGAGAUAUCCCAGUCGUGCAUGGUGAUAGGGACGGAUUCUGUCACGAUAGUUCGAUAGCGUGAUGACUCAGAAAGCAGUCCUUGCCUCUUACACGAGGGAUUGAGAGCAUCAAGGCCGCGAUGACGACCCACUAUCUCCGGAAUUUUGUCGAGAAUGUCGCCGAAAUGCCGGCAGAGCUUGCUCGGAGAUUCAAGCUGAUGAGGGACCUUGAUGAGAAAGCACACGCCCUGCAGGCGGAGGCAGAGGCAGCUUCACGCAGACAUCUGGAAGAAGCGGGACAGAAGCGGCUGCGCACUGCACAAGCUGCUGCCCAGAGCACUGCAGCGGCCGCUGCAGCUUUAGAUGAGAAGAUCGAGGAUGACAUGAGGAAGUUGUUGCACUACUCAGAGGAGAAGAUAGGCCUAUCCCAGCAGAUAUACGACUAUGUGGAUCAGAGGAUCCGGCGCUUGGACAAGGACCUGAAGGCCUUCGAGUCAGACAUCAGCAAGGAGCGGGCUCGGCUUGGCAUCCCAGAUGGUGAGACAGCGACUGGGAUGCUGCCGCAAGCAGAUGAGCCAUCAGGCACAGGCAGGGGGAUGCGGACGAGUAAAAGGGGUCCAGGGUUGCCGCCGCUGGAGGCAGCGGAGGCGAGCGGGGGGUCAGUGCUGGACCCGACAGAGCCGGUGUACUGCUACUGCCGCCGGGUGAGCUUUGGGGAGAUGGUGGCCUGCGACAACCCGGACUGCGCGGUGGAGUGGUUCCACUUUGAGUGUGUGAGCAUGACAGAGCAGCCCAAGGGGAAGUGGUACUGCCGCGACUGCGAGGCGCUCAGAAAGGCCGGCAAGCUGCCGGACGCCUGA